AUGAGCGAUAAAAGUGAAGAUAUUUCCAAUAAUUCGCUAGAAAGAGAUAACGAUACAUAUAUGGAUGAAAGACCAACAGAUCAACGUCGCCAAUUGAUGAACAUGGAUGACGGUUCAUCUGCUACUCCCAACUUUGAUGAAAAUGACCAAGAAGGUAUAGAACGUGGCGAAAAGAUCUCAAACCACAGAGAGGAACAGCCACAGUCAGAACUAGUUCACGACAAAAAGAAUCAGCAACUGGCCACACCACCACCACCACAAUACGUAUCAUUCUUUAGUCGGGAAUACAAGUCACAUAGAAUGCAAAUACACAAAAGAUUUGUUUUAAUUAAUAUGCUAAUGGCCACAUUGAUUUUAACUGCCCUUUCAAUAUAUUGGGGUUCAUAUUAUGAAAUUCUGGAUAAUUUAAAGGAAUUGAAGAUGUUGGUAGUUAUCGGUGACGAAAACACCAUUGAGGGAGUCCCACCAGUAUUUGGAGACUCUAUGGAGGAAAUUUUACAGCGACCACAAGCAAAAGCAAUUGGAAACUGGUAUAUAUACAAAGAAAGCGAGUUUGAAACACACGCACAAGAUAAUAAUAAUACCAUCAGAGGAGAAAUUUUGAGACAAGUGCAUCAUCAAUUGUACUGGUCAGCAAUAUAUGUCAAGCCUAAUGCUAGCUACAAUUAUUACCAAGCAUUGGUGAAUGGAGACACACGAUAUAAUGUAUCAGACAACACAAUUACGGCUUACUAUGAAACGGCUCGCGACUUUCUCGUUGUGCCGCUGUAUGUGACACCCCAAUUGGAAAAGACGGAGACUUUUUGGUUGGAUCAACAAUCUAGCAUGAUUUCACAACUUGUUGAAAACUCAACUAUUGAAUCAGCAUCACAAAAACAAGUAUUGGCCCAACCAGUGCAGUUUACCGUGGUGGAUAGGCUCCCAGUGACAAAUCAUGUUUUGAAUGCGCCAAUGCAGUUGGGAUUCAUUUAUUUGAUUAUUGUUUCGUUUUUCCAAGUCAGUUUUUUCAGCGAACCACAUCAGAAAGUGGCAAAGACGCCAGUGAAAAGAAUUCAUUACUUGCUUUACCGGUACAUUUCAUCGAUUCUAUCAUUUUUCUUCCUUUCAUUAGUUUUUGGAUUAGUUACAUUGGCUUUCCAGGUUAAUUUCGAUGCAACUUAUGGGAAAUCAGGGUUUUUGGUCUACUGGAGUAUUUCCUUUUUAACUAUGUGUGCUGUUGGAUUAGCCACUGAAAUAAUGGCCAUGUUGAUUAUACCAAUUUAUCCCCCUCUACUUGGAUUUUGGUUAAUAUUUUGGGUUAUUGUCAAUAUUGCCCCUACAUAUACGGUAAUGGCGUUGACCAAUAACUUUUUCCGUUAUGGAUACGCUAUGCCGAUACACAAUAGUUAUGAAGCCACCAAGACGGUGUUUUUCGACGUUUAUAAGGGACAAUUGGGUCGUAAUUUUGGUAUAUUGGUAGCAUGGGUUGUAGUCUUGACUGUGGCAUUUCCGUUUGUCUUGAGGCGCUUUGCACAGUCAAUGGGUAAGAAGGCCGCUGCAUUGGCUGCAAAAGCACAAGGGGAGAAAGGCGUAGAUGGAGAUGACAACGGAGAGGAAAAAGUGUAG